CUGUAGGACAAAAUUUGAGAUCUGUGAAUCAUGUUCCUCAGGAGACUUGCAGUGGCGCUCCCUCACUCAAGAAGUUUCUUAAGCGGUGGCAAUAACCAUGAUCUUGCUAGUGCCAUUUCUGAGCUAAAUAAGGAAAUGGAAUCCGUGUUUGGUGAGCCUCCUCCAAUUGGUCAUGCCAGUUCUAACAGUAAUCAAUAUAUGGCUCAAGAACCCCAGUUCGUUUCUCAAAAGGUAGUUGACAGCACACCUGGCCUGACCCACAUUAGCAGUACGGGUGAAGCCCAAAUGGUUGAUGUUUCUCGCAAAGAAAGUAGUAAGAGAACUGCGAUUGCCAGUUGUAAAGUAAUUCUUGGCAAGAAGGUGUUUGAUUUGGUUGCGGCUAACCAGAUUGCCAAGGGAGAUGUCCUUACUGUGGCAAAAAUUGCAGGAAUUGGUGGAGCAAAGAAAACAAGCUGUCUCAUCCCACUUUGCCACAACAUAUACUUAACUCAUGUUCGUGUCGAUCUGAUGCUGAACGCCAAGCAUUUUAGUGUUGAUAUAGAAGGGGAAGCUGCAUGUACAGGGAAAACCGGGGUUGAAAUGGAAGCAAUGACGGCAGUGACCAUUGCUGGUCUAACAGUUUAUGAUAUGUGCAAGGCUGCCUCGAAGGAUAUCCAGAUUACAGAUGUGCGUCUUGAGUGCAAAACUGGUGGGAAGAGUGGGGACUGGUCCAGGGAGAAGUAAUAUUGUCUUUAAGGAAGGCCAUAGUGAAAAAUGCUACCGAAUGUUUUGGGUAUUAGUUUUAGUGGAUAUUUACUUGUCCAAUUAAAAUGAAUGUUCAGCACCCUUUUGUUUUUUAGAAUUUCAAGUUUAUGUUCUUUCCAAAUUGAGUUAUUACAAAUGAACCAUAUUACCUAAAUUGUACAGAAAUUCGAAGUAGCUUGCAUCUUCUGAGCA